UCUAAAGUAACUUAAUCCGACAAAACCUGUCUUGUUAGUGACACUCUCAGCUCUAACAAUGGAUCCUGUACUCCAAUUCCUAUUGACUCUCUUCUCUAGCUUCUUUGCUUUGCUAGUAUGCAUCUGUUUUCAGUACUUGAGAAGGAAAAUUAUUCGUGAGAAAAAGACCUGCACUGCGCCUCAAGCUGGUGGCGCUUGGCCUAUUAUAGGCCAUAUGCACCUACUCGGCAGCCGGCAACUGACCCACAAAACACUGGGUGCCAUGGCUGACAAGUACGGACCAGUUUAUACUAUUAGGUUGGGUUCUCAUAGAGUUUUGGUUUUGAAUAGUUGGGAAAUGGCCAGAGAGUGUUUCACUGUCCAUGACAAGGUUUUCUCCACCAGACCAAGCAUUGCAGCCUCAAAGUUGUUGGGAUAUGCUAUGUUUGGAUUUGCUCCAUAUGGAUCAUACUGGCGUGAGAUGCGCAAGAUAGCAACAAUUGAGCUCUUGUCGAAUCAUCGGCUUGAUAUGCUGAAGCAUAUACGAGCUUCAGAGGUGGGAACUGCGAUAAAGGAAUUGUACCAGUUCUGGGUUAGCGAAUGCAGUGCAGAAAGUGGAGUUCUUGUGGACAUGAAGCGAUGGUUUGGGGAUUUGACACAUAAUCUUGCUUUAAAAAUCGUUGGAGGUAAGCGAUACUUCGGAACCAAAGCUGAUUUUGAUGAAGAUGAGGCACGUCGCUUUCAGAAAGUGAUGAGGGAAUUUGUUCAUCUGUUUGGUGUGUUUGUGUUGUCUGAUGCAAUACCGUUUCUGGGGUGGUUGGAUUUAAAUAGAUAUGAGAAAAGGAUGAAGAGAACUGCAAAACAAUUGGACGCUCUAGUUGGAGGGUGGCUGGAGGAGCAUAAACAGAAGAAGUUGACAGAUGGGAAGAGAAGAGAAGAGCAGGAUUUUAUGGAUGUGAUGCUCAACACCCUCGAAGAUGCCCAGAUUUCAGGAUUUGAUGCUGACACCAUCAACAAGGCUACUUCCCUGAAUCUAAUCUUAGCAGGAAGUGACACCACAAUGGUCACUCUCACAUGGGCUUUGUCUUUACUACUCAACAAUAGUGAUGCACUAAAGAGGGCCUGUGAUGAGCUAGACAUAAACGUUGGCAAGGAUAGACAUGUGGAAGAAUCCGACAUAAAAGACUUGGUCUAUCUCCAAGCCAUUGUCAAGGAAACACUGCGCCUAUACCCACCUAGUCCGAUCAUUGGUCUUCGUGCUGCCAUGGAAGACUGCACACUCUCGGCCGGCUAUCGCAUUCCGGCCGACACACGGUUAAUGGUGAAUGCCUGGAAAAUUCACCGAGACGAGAACAUUUGGCCCAACCCUCACGAAUUCAGACCGGAGAGAUUCUUGACUACUCACAGGGACAUGGACCUGAGAGGUCAGAAUUUUGAGCUCAUUCCUUUCGGUUCAGGUAGGCGAUCUUGUCCAGGGGUUUCCUUAGCUCUUCAAGUUGUGCAUUUGACGCUCGCUAGCUUCUUACACAGUUUCAACAUUUCUAAGCCAUCCAAUGAAGAUGUGGAUAUGACAGAGAGCGUUGGCUUGACAAACUUGAAGGCAACCCCACUUGAAGUUCUCCUCUCUCCACGUCUUAAUUCUGUUCUUUAUGCGUAAAAAUACUAUCCUUUAUCUUAAACUUUGUCAUCUUCGUCACAUUUAUUGAAGAUGUCAUAUCUGCAACUUAAAAAUUUAGCAUGAACAACAGUAAUCUUUUGUUUUUUUAGCAUGUAUUUGUGGUCA